AUGUUCAAGUCCAUCUUCUUCCUCCUCGCUCUAAUCGCCGUUGCUGCUGCACAAACGGUUGCCCCAGCUGCACCAGCUACCUCUGGAUCUUUUGUUCCUAUCGCGGUCCCAGUUAUGAUUCCUGUUGCUAUCCCAGUCGGAGUUCCUGUUCCAGUUGCUACCCCUACCGCUACCACUGCAAAGGGACCAAAGGUUACCAAGAAGGCAAAGGCACCAUCGGCACCAAAGGGAUCCAAGCUGUCAGCAGGCAAGGGCGGCAAGGGCAAGGGGCCUUCUUCUCGCCGAGUGAGAUAG